ACAGGAAGAUAAUCUCUCUCUCUUCCAACAGAAAAUAUGGAACUUUCUGGCAUGCCUACAUUACAUUAUAAAAAAUAAUAUGUGAUAAGAACCAAGUGGUAUAGACAUAAUAACUACUACAGGAAUGAAGAGAUACCAAGGAAGGAAGUUGAAAGACGGAAAAGUUUUACUAAGGAGGUGAGAUAAAGGAAAGGGAUCCUGGAGCUGGCAUGGCCUCUUCCUCUCCUUCCAGGCCCACAUCCAGAGGCAUAAAACCUGUGCCACCACCAGUAGUGUCAUCUGAAGAGGUUGCCAGUGUGUCUAUUCCCAGGCAAGAUGCACCUAUAGGGCUUUCCCAAGACCCCCUUUCCUUCGCUGUGUCCCCAUCAAGUCUACAGGUGAGUCUUGAUAACAUAAGACUAUAGAUACCAUUGGCUCCUGGCAUGAAGGAGUUAAGACCUGGAGAAGUCAGGGUAUCUAAAUGCCUUCCUUAAAUGCCUCUCUGCCUUCUUCCAAUCAAGUCCUUCUGUAGCUGAUAGAGAGGUUCAAGCAUGAGUAACCAACUCUAACAAAGAAAUUCCUACCCACCCACCCACCUCUGCCCCAUGCUACUUGAAACCAGGGAAAUUCACAGAUCAGAAAAGUUUAAAUAUGCCAAAUAAAUUUUGCACAUUUAAAAAUACAGACUAAUACAAUACUCCUUGCUUUUUUGGUAUAAGAAGUGGGUAUUGAAUCACAAUAAUGUCUCUUAUUUAUUUAGGAGACAAGGUCUCACUAUGUCACCCAGGCUGGAGUGCAGUGGCGCAAUCAGGCUCACUGUAGCCUCAAACUCCUAGGCUCAAGUGACUUCCAGGCUCAGCCUCAUGAUUAAACUAGGACUACAGGUGUGCACCACCAUGCCUGGCUAAUUUCCUCAUUAAUUUUUGUAGAGACAGGGGUCCCACUAUGUUGCCCAGGCUGCUCUCAAACUCCUGGCCUCAAGUGAUCCUCUAGCCUUGGCCUUCCAAAAAGCUGGGAUUACAGGCAUGAGCCACUGUGCCUGGCCACAUCUCACUUUUAAAACUGUGGGGAUUACUUUAUAAUUUCCCAGAAAGCCAGAGCAUGCUUACACCUGCACCCAUGCAUAUCAGGUCAUUGAUAGCCCUUAAUUAGGAGUAGGCUACCUGCUAAACUAAAUUGAAAUUCAUUGAUAUGAUCCAGUUAUCAAAAGACAGAAUGCUUUUUAUCAAAAAAGUCUCUCCAAAAUACCCUAUUCAUGAGAACAUUAAUUGAAGGACACCUUUCCAGGCUCAGGGCCAAGAGGCCAAGUCACUCUACCCCACUUCACAGGGGCUGCAUGAAGUUGUUCUGUAUAUGGUGCAACAAGUUGUUCUGUAUAUGAUUCACCUGGGACCUGGGGCAUGCAGCACAAUUUCUAAACAGUGGAGGAUAAAGGAAGGGCCACCAGAAGCCAUGAAAACCCAAGUUGCAAAGACAAGCUUGGGCUUACUCAUUAAAGAUGUGUUCUUUGGCCUCUCGGAGGAGCUACUUGAAAGUCACCUCCACUUAAAAUCCUUGGCUCAGGAUCUUCUUACUGCUUUAUCACCCAAGUCUACUAAAAUCCUUAGAAUAACUGAUGAUGAAAAUCUCAGCCAAUUUUUUUUCUUUUCCUGGGGUUAGGAGGGGGGAAAAAACCAAUACGUGAGUCUAUUUGAAAUCAUUUUAUGAACUUUAAUCAUAGCAAAUGUGUUUUUACAGUAGUCAUAAAAUCAACAUUACCACAUAUACAAAGGACAAGACACCAGUUUGGCAUACAAAAAUACCAUAUAUUAAAAUUGGGUUCAUUGGAAAACUCAGGACUGGCUAAGACACCAUCUAUAACAGAGAGAGCAAGCAAGAAUGCUUUUAAGACAUUCAGAUUUAUAAACAGCAGCUUGAUAUCCCCUUUACGAAGUCAAUAUUUGGCAACAUUUGGACAAUAUUUUCUACACAGCCCAGCAGCUCAUUUAUCUGUAGGGCUAUUUGGCCCUUAAAAAAAAAAAAAAAAAAAAAAAAAAAAAAA